GCCGUCGAGGUGGUAAUUGGCACCUCAGAGGACAAGCACCUGGCGCGGAAGGUGGCCGAGCUUUGCAACGAGGCCUACGGUUACCGGCGCCUGUCGGAGAACGAAGCCAAGGGACGACUGGCCAUGGGCGAUGAUGAGGAUGCCAACCGUGUGCUGCACCUCGCCUUCCGCGGGAAGCAGCUGGUGGGCUGCUGCUCCUCCACUCUUCAGCCUCCCUGGACCCCCAGGUCCUGCGGCCACUGGGGGCUUUUGUCCGUGCUUCCGGAGGCCCAGGGCACUGGCGUCGCCUCGGCGCUGAUCGCUGCGGCUGAGCGCCGCCUCUUCGAAUCGGGCUGCUGUGCCGUGCAGAUCGAGUACGAAUACACUGCCGGCGAUGAGAGCUCCGUGCGGCUACUGAAAUGGUACGAGGGCCGCUGCGGCUUCCGAGCCUCCUCGCCGCCGCCGCGGCGGGGAUCGGAGUUCCGAUGCUGCCGCAAGAAGUUGACCCCAGAGACAGUCUACACUCCAGGAGACCGGGCUGGAGGCGACAGCGCUGUCGAUUCAGUCGUGACGGACUCCAGCAAAAAGCCGGCGGAGAAACUGGCAGAGCCCUCCUCGGAGCAGUCCGAGGAUGAGAGCAGUCCCUUGGACUACCUCCCGGUGACGACCUCCGAGGAGGCACAGGGGAAGGCAAACCUCUGGCACACCAGUCCUGGUGAUCUUGUCCAGUUCACUGGUCAUCGAGCGUACAUGGCAGCAUCUUUGUUAAGACAGAGUCACUCCAGGCCCCAUCAGGUACCUUUUGCACAGCGUGAGCGGGCCAUGUUGCGGCCUGCUGAGACGUACACCUCGGCCACGGGUCGGAGCAGGAGCAAAACAAAGAAGAAGCUGUACUUUAUCGCUACGCCGACAGAUCCUAGGCGAGACAAGUCUCCUCAAAGAGACCCGAAACUGUCUCUUCGGCGAGCUGAGAUGAAGAACUGCACAAGACCAGACGCCUUGCUAAGACGCUUAUCGGAUGCAAUUGAUGCGAAUGAAGCAGAUGGUAGUGUGAUCGGUGCCGCCAUGCAGACUUGUGGCCACAGGUACUGGUGGGAAACACUCAUGCAGGUGAAUGACAGGGCUGUUGAGCAUGAUGUUGAGUUCGAUGCGAUUUUGCGGAGAAUCUUCAUCAAUGCUUUGGCCGCUUGCUUGAAGCACUCUCAGUGCAGCGCGUCGGAGCUCUCUGCACGCAAGGAUCGAGCCUUGAGAUUGAGCAAGAAUGCUUGGCACCAGAUGCCUGUGCCAUCCUCCGAGCUGGACUUCAACAAUUCUCUGAGUGUUGUUUGGAGAGUCUGUGCAGAGAUCGGUGAAGGGGCAUUGCCCUGGGCAGAUGAGAUUCUCAAACGGUGCAAGACGCAGAAGUAUACUAUUAACCUCUUGGCUUAUGGACCUUUGCUGGCACUGUUGGAGAAGUGCAAGCGCCAUGGUCGAGUGGACCAGCUCAUUCACGAAAUUUGCAAGAAGCAGCGGCUGUCCUUGAACGGAGUCAUCCUGGGCAUUCUCCUGGAUGCUGCUAGCGGCGACUGGAAACGAGUUCCGAAUUUGCUUUGCUACCGAGCUCGGAGCAAAGCACAUUACCAAGCUGGUAGACCAGCUGCUGCUGCAAAGAUCAUAGAAGAUGCUGGGGUGGCUGGUUUACCAAUCAGAGCCCCGCGCACAGCGGUGAUGCUCCUGCAAGCUUGCAUCAUUCUGUGCCACUCUCAUCCUACCCCAGCAAAGACAAGGCGACUGAAAUCAUCCUUGAAAAUCGCAGAGGCUAUUGAUACAAGCGAAGAUGAUCCCACACUCGCAUCCAAGCUGGCCCGGCUGAUCCGGUUGUCGAAGCAGCUACUCUCAAGUUCCUCAUCCUUGCGCUUCCACGACCUGCUGGUCUGGAAGUACCGCGGACGGUGUGUAAUGGAUGAUUGGCCAAGUCAUCGAGCUGGCUCCAAGUAUUUACACGAAGAGUAG